GCGCUGCUGCAGGCUUCCUGUCAUCAUGGUUAACAUUCCUAAAACCCACCGUACUUUCUGUAAGAAGUGUGGCAAGCACCAACCUCACAAAGUAACACAGUACAAAAAGGGCAAGGAUUCUCUGUAUGCCCAAGGGAAGCGUCGUUAUGACAGGAAGCAGAGUGGCUAUGGAGGUCACACUAAGCUGAUUUUCCAGAAAAAAGCUAAGACUACAAAGAAGAUUGUGCUGAGGCUUGAAUGUGUUGAGCCCAGUUGCAGAUCUAAGAGAAUCCUAGCUAUUAAGAGAUGCAAACAUUUUGAACUAGGUGGAGAUAAAAAGACAAAGGGGCAAGUCAUUCAGUUCUAAGCCCCAACGUUUUGUUAUUUAGAUAAUGUAU